GACAGCAGCAACCAUGAUCGCCGAGUUGUCCCAAGAGCUCACUUCGCACCACCCAACCAGAUGCAGGGUGUCAAAGUGGAGCCUCUUCCACGCUUAGGGUGUGGAGGCCCUGCGGAAUGCGAUCCAAGCCAUGUCAACCAGGUGAAUGUAACAAAAGGAUGGCCAACACCACUGAGCUUGAAGGACCGAAGCGAUCUCUUCCUUGCCAGGUAUAAGGACAGCCAACAUGGACCCAAAGAGAUGACCAGAAACGAUGACCCGGUGAUGAUCCCAGGUGACAGCACCUCAGAAGCCCAGCCGACCGAAGCUGUGAAAGAUCCAAAAAUGUCAACCUGCCUUGGGGACAAUGACGAAUCAAACAUGAAUGGAAAAGGGAAACCCCCACCCGCCUGCCUGCAAGCCAUGCCUCUUCCACGCUUAGGGUGUGGAGGCCCCGCCCCAAUGGAUCUGGAAAAACAGGAAUGGGACCCAUGGAUGGAAGCAAUCCAAGCCAGGGAAAUGGCACACCAUACAGGGCGUUAUACCCAAAAUGAUGCCACCAUUGCACAUGUUGCACAACCCGCCCUACCCGAUGCCAUGCCCUCACCACGCUUAGGGUGCGAGGGCCCCACCCAAGUAGAGGUAAAGGACGAUGGACCCCACAGUGCCGAGAAGAACCGCCCUGGUCGAGAUCCAAUCCAAGCAGGCAGACCAUCCCAUGUGCACCCUGUGACAGGAGGGUUUGUAGCCUUUGCCAAUCCCCAACAUCUCCUCCAAGAUGAAGCAAAUGCAGGUGCCAAGGUUCUACCAUGCCAAGCCGCUCCCUCCUCCCAAGUCAAAAGAUUGGGAGAAAAGCAAGCCGAUGAGAAACCAGCCAAACAGCCGAAGAUCCAAGAUCACGUAGAAUCCGGCCAAGAAGACCAAGUAGGCAUAUAUGACUCUCCAUCGCAAGAUGAAAUCAACAAAGCCAUCCUCAAACAUCUUGACAAAGGCCAAGCCGACAGCUUGCAUGUGAGCAAACCAACUCAUGCUGCAGCAGAAACACAUUUCACGAUGGCCACUCAACUUGACAAGACCAAUGCUGCAGAGAGCCAAGAAGAACCAGGUGAUGACGAGCCAGAAUUGCCAGACGCAUGCCAGUGGAGAAGCCUUUUCCAUCAAAACCUGAUCUAUGCAGGGUUGGCCAAGCAAACGGUGCAUGACCUCAUGAUUGGUGGAGCCCUCAACCCUCGAGAGCAAUUGCAAAGGUUGAUUGAAACACAUGGUGUCCACGCUGACCAAAGUAUAGAGCGAGCAGAGCAGAUUGUCCAGUCACUUGGACUCAAAGCCAUCCAACAAAUCCUGGUCUCGCCGAAGCCAUGGGCAGACUUGAAGGCAAGAGCAAAUCUUCACCAACCGCCGCUCAGGAUCGUCACAGCAGAUGAACUCAAAGAUGUAAUUCAGAGACGAAUGAAGGAUCCUCAGCAGGUAGGCAGAAAGCAGAACAAGAUCAAGAACACCAAAGUCACCAAACCCAAGAUGCAGCUCACUGCCGAUCAAGUUGCCAUCCCAGCAGCGGUCUUCCGUCAAGAAGAUGGCCAUGAGUUGUCGCAGAUCUAUGCAAACCAGAUCGGCCCGAAUGCCAUGGGAGUCGUGUUGGUAAGCAUUGACGAAGCAAUCCCAUACUUCAACCUGAAGUCACCAGUGAGCCAACAGGGGAUUGCAUUGCUUAUCAUGGAUCAUGAUGAUGCGCGCCUUCCACCCACAUGUCAAGUGACCAAAGUUCCAGCCAAAUGCAUAGCGACCAAUGAGCCCAUGAUUGUCAGUUUGGCCAUGAUGCAGAUUGGAGCCAAGCAAGUGGUUCGUAACCUGCCAGCACAAUGUCUCCAGGUCCCUGAAGUUGACAACCAAGUCAUCCGAGUCCAAGUGUACAAAGACCAGGCAUGCAACAAAUGGGAUGAAUUCAUCCAAAAACCGGUCAAGAACCUUCUCAGUGCCCAGCCCUUUGCAGACCUUGCCCCUGCAGCCAUUUUGGAUGUAUGGGACAGGCAGUAUAUGACCAACCGAAUGCUGAAAGUACCAGUUGCUGAAGCACAGCUCUUCAUGGUAAACCUCAGGGUUGAGACAAGCGCCAUCCAAGCAAUCAUGAGUUCCAAUGUGGAAGAUGGGAAGUACUAUGAACUUCGCCGCAGUGAUGGGCGUCAGCCUGACAAUGCUUACCAAGUAGUAUGGCUACCAGGCAAGACCUUUGCCGAAGCCCAGGUCAUCCAGAGAGCUUCACAGAUCGAGACAGCGUUGGUGAGGCAGGGGGACCGCUAUGGACUAAGGACCAGCAAUGACAAUGCAGAAGAGGUGCACAAACUGCACAGACCAGACUUGGUCUACAUACCUGGAGCUGAUCUGAAGAGAUUCAGGGUCGGGCCAAUGCCGUUCGGCACCACGAAACAAAGCCUGGUCCAUGUCUUUCAGAAAUGGAAUUGGUGUGCCAGGCCAAUUGGGCCGACAGGACAAGCCUCCGACCGAUCGGGUAUCAUGUGGAGUGUCCAGGCAGCAGCACAGCCGACACAUUGGGUGUUCCAGAUGGCUCAUGGAGAUGUUUUAGUGUCCCCAGAAGACAAAGAACAGGUACCAGCCACCAGCAAGCCCACGGUCCUAGCCUCAAGCAAGACGAUCCACAGCUUGCAAUUGAAGCCCAAAGAGAAUACCAAAGAAGACCCAUGGCUCCACAAUGACCCAUGGAGGUCGCCAGCAGCUCCAAGCACCCGAGAACUAUCCGUAGGACAGGUGGCCUCCAUCCAGGCCAAUGUUGAGAAGGUGGUCCUUGCCAAGCUCCGUGACGAUGAUGACUCCAUGAAUGGAGGUGGUGAACAUCGUAUCGCCGCAUUAGAGCAGAAGUUGGAGCAAUUGACCACACAAGUGAGCUCACAACAACAUGAGCAAAUGCAACACAACCAACAAGUCCAGGUCCAGAUGCAAAGCCUAGACAUGAAGAUCGACCAACAGCAGAAUGCAUUCCAAAGUGCACUCGGCAGCAAGUUGGAACAGCAGAUGCUUCGCAUCGAACAGUUGUUCACCAAGGCCAAGUUCCAAAAAGAAUUAAAGUACCACAAAGCGGGUUACCAUUUGCAAGCCGGGGCUGACACGCCAUGUCGGUCCAACACAGCCACUGCCAUAGCCGGAAAACAUCGUGGAGUUGCCUUCCUGAGCACUUGCCCAAGCAGAGCCAUGACCGCCACAUGGCCGAAACAGCAAUGGGAAGAAUCCAGGUUCCAUGCCUCUUGUUUUCAAGUAGGCUCACGCUGGGUACAAGGAGGAGUAGUCUAUGGACAUGCAGCUCAAGCUGAAACAAUAGCCACCAGAACCAAAACAGAUCAAAUUUGCCAAUACAUAACCGAGCGACUGCUACAACACAGCCAUGGCCUGCGCUUCAUUGCAGGUGACCUGAACCAACCUGAUGGAGCUCUCCAAAACAUGCUUGCGUGGAAAGAGGCUGGGUGGGUGAAUGUCCAACAAUGGGCACUUGAAAGACUAGGGAAACCCAUCGAAGUUACCUGUAAAAAUAAGACCACCAAAGAUCACAUCUAUGUCAGCCCUGAACUUGCUCAAUACCUCAAAGAUGUUGAAGUUCAACAAGAUUGGUUCCCUGACCAUGCGGUGCUCAUUGCAAAAUUCCAUCCACUUGGAAAGCCCCCUCAACUACCGAUUUGGAGACAACCAAAACCUAUGCCUUGGGAUGAUAUUCCUUUGGAAGCCAUCCAAUAUGAAUACCAAAAGCCAGAGAGUCAACAAGACCUCACAGCAUCCUAUGCACAGGUAUGCACAAAUGUCGAAGCAGCAGCAGCCCUUGCCCUGACAGCCAAACACAAAGCGUUGCCGGAUGCCUGCAAAGGCAGAGCCAAAACGACUGAGGUACGGUGGAGGCAGGAGUACUCAGCCCCGCUCCGACCGUCCAGAGAAGGGGAGUACCAACCCACAUACCAUGGCCUGAACAUCCAGCAUGCUAGAUGGAUAAGGCAGUAUAGAAGGAUUCUCAACUUCACAAGACUUCCACCGGAAGUUACCGGUAAUGCUUUGACCCACCGACGUAAGUUGUGGCAUAGCAUCAAGACAGCACCAGGCUUUGCACCAUGCUUUGCACAAUGGUGGAUGGACAACACUCGAGAAAGCCUGCCGGUUGAAGCCCCGAGCCACCAGAUCUCGGUGUCCAUUUGUAGCCAUUUUCAUAAGCACUUGCAAGCCUUUGAGAAGGCCUUGAAUCAACAACGGACAGCAGCAGCCAAGCAAAGAAGGGUGGAUGACCCGAUGAUAAUCUUUCGAGAUUUAAAACAACCACCGCCACAGCCAGUCCAGAUGCUGCUUAACAGACCCACUGCCAACAUCACUCAUGUGGAAGACCAUGAAUGUGCCAUAGAGGUAUCACAAGAAAAGCAUUGGGACACAGCCAUUCCUCUGCAAACCCCAGUUGGCCAAGCAAACAUCAUCCAUGCCGAACAGGACAAACUUUGGCUUGACAAUGUGGAAGGUCUCCAAAGUGGCCAGAUGGUUUCGCAAGACAAAUGCAUCGGAGAUCUCACCGAACUCUUCGAACAGUUUGGCCAAGAAUGGUCUCGUAGAUGGGAUCGCCACUUGCAUGUUGACCCCAACAGGUGUUGGCCCAUUUGGCACCGCUUGCGCCUUCCACAUGCACUGGCAAUUUGUUAUCCAGAGGGAUGUGCACUGUCGGUGACAGCGAUGUUGGCGCACAACCUGGUGGGCCACUUCUAUAUGAGACUCCGCCACCCGUCGGUGACACUGUGGAGCUAUGUUGACAAUAUAGAAGCCACUGCACCAUCAUCAGAACCAGCCUUGAGAGCCCUCGAAGCGUUCCACCAAUACAGUGACCUAAUGGAUGUAGCCAUAGACAAUGACAAAUCCUAUGCAUGGUCGGUAAAUGCCUCACAGCGGAAAAACCUCCGAGCGGAGGAGAUGAUCACCAAGUUGAGCGCCCGUGACCUUGGAGGGCAUGUGCAAUACAGCAAAGUAGUCACCAAUGCCACCAUCACCAACAGGUGUGAAGAAAUCAAAGCACUUUGGGGACGUCUUGCCCGUUCACUAGCGCCAUAUGCCCAGAAAGUACGUGCGUUGAUCACCAAAGCAUGGCCUUCUUGCCUACAUGGGGUCUCUUCAGUGCACAUGGCCGAUGACCACUUUGAUAAGCUCCGUACAGGGGCAUUGCAAGGCCUGGGGGAACACAGUAGCGGGGCAUCGCCCUACAUCCACCUUGCUUUGAUCGAAGGGCCAGCUGUAGACCCACAGUAUUAUGCCCUGUUGCAAACUGUGAUGAUGUACAGAGAACACAACCUCACCGAUGUCCAUCGACAGUGGCUAUGUGAACACUUUAUAGCACAAAGAACGGUCACCAUGGAUCAAGCCAAGAGCAUUGCAGAGAUGAAGCCGUGCAUUGCCGCACAUGGGUGGAUGCCUGAGCCGCCAUCGUUGAAUCCAUACCGAAAAAUGUUGCAAAGCCUAGCUUCCGAAAGUUCCUUGUUUGUAAGCCCACCUGAACUUCCAGCACAAGUGUUUGCUUUCACGGAUGGUAGUUGUAGAGCACCAACAUGUUCCUUAAGCAAACUUGCGUCUUGGGGAGUAGUUAUUGCUGAAACCAAUUUACAAAAUUUUUGGCCAUUAGCCGGAGCGGAUGAUGAAUAUGAAGCAUGGGUUUUCAAAGGAAAUGCAGCUGCUGACCAUGUCGCCGACACUGCAGUGUACCAACAUGUUGGUUUAUAUAAGCUGUGGCAGUCCCUUCAACAAGAAAUAGCUCACAUCCAUAUGCUCCGCAACCACGUUCACCGAACCUUGAUCCAAGUUGGAAAACAUGCGGUCCGCUCUGGGACUGGGAAGCCUCCUGACAAGCAGCAUGCUGAAAGAAUCUCCAGAGAAGAAAUCGCCGAAGCCGAUUUUAGUCCAAUCCCAGUAGACUGCCUCCCCGGUAAGUACAUGUACCCCUAUGCCGAGGAACUCCUGAGUUGGCUUCACCAACUUGUCGACCCAAGCGAGCCUGUUAGAUGUAUCUCUUGGUUUCAGGUCAAUGUAAUCUUUGAACACCAGACCCGGCGGACUGGUGUUAGACACAUCAAAAGCAGAAAGCAAUGGGUUGAAGGAGAGCGAGACACCAAGCACAUUGACUUUGUCCGCCGCACCAACUAUCUGUCUGAUUGGGUGCAGGGAGUGUGGAGAUCAGCAAACCGACCCAUAAAACUACUGCAUCUUCGUCCAGAGAGCAAUGUCCUGCAGUUUUGGACGCAAUGCCUGGCCUUACGCAUACGUGCAGGCUUGGUACAACUGGCAGAUGAGGUGCUGAUGGAAUCUCAAGUCAAGGUCUCCAGCGUGCGCUCGCUACGGUACCUUUAA